AUGGCAGAAGCUCGAGGAGCUGCUUUAAUCUCCGCAGGACUUCAGAACCUCACUGCAAACCCACUCAAGAUCCAACCCGUUGAGAUCAGCUAUUGGGUCCCACAACCUGCGCUUCUCGAUUAUUCCAAGAAGCAUUCGCUUCUGCUCGAGGCGUAUUCACCUUUGGGCGGCGAUGGCAAAGUCGGAGACACGCUGCGCCUGCCUGUUGUGACCAAGAUCGCCUCCCAGCUUGGAAUGACGCCUGCUCAGGUCAUCGUCUCGUGGAGCAUCCAGCGCGGCACAGUCGUGUUGCCGAAGAGUGUUACACCGAGUCGGAUCGUGGAAAAUCUUCAAGGUAAGUUAGGCUAG